AACGGUAUUUCUCGUGGAGUAUUCCAGAGACCCAUGCUCUCUCUUUAUCGACAUGUUACGAAAAGCACAAACUAACAUGCAACUGAAAGGUGAACUUACAGUGAGAGGCAGAGGGGAGAUGAGACGGGACACCGCCGAUGCUUAAGGAUGCAUCGUUUUUCACAUUUAUUUACAAGACCAAUUAACUGGAAUUAAGAACUUCACAAGACGGAAAGUAUCAGCAGCAAAAUAAAAUCCUCGUAUUUUGAUUCAUCAAGUUAACGCAAACAGCUUUCAUGUAUGCGCUUAACUACCAGGUUGUUCUUUUUACGCGUUGAAAACUAUUUUCCGCUGAUGAAAACAGAUGCAACCAAUGGAUACCACCGGUAGCUAAGUGAAUUAUCUCCUCGUGGUAGGAACAGGUUGGCUCUCGAACGGAACGUCGCCAGCCUCCGUCGUCGCUGAAGUUAUGUCUGCGUUACGGAGAAAAUUUGGAGAGGACUACCAGGUUGUGAACACCAACAGGGGCAGCACUUACACUGCGCCCGUAAAGAAGAAGCGCCAGAGGUUUGUGGAGAAGAACGGCCGUUGCAAUGUUCAGCACGGGAACCUUGGCGGAGAGACCAGCAGAUACAUCUCGGACCUCUUUACCACCUUGGUGGAUCUGAAGUGGCGAUGGAACCUUCUUAUUUUUAUUCUGACGUACACAAUCGCCUGGCUGGUUAUGGCAUCCAUGUGGUGGAUCAUCGCCUAUAUCAGGGGAGACCUAAACCAUGGCCACGACCAGUCUUACACCCCAUGUGUUGCCAACGUCUACAACUUUCCUUCAGCGUUCCUAUUCUUCAUUGAGACCGAGGCUACCAUCGGCUAUGGUUACCGAUAUAUCACGGAAAAGUGCCCCGAAGGCAUCAUUCUGUUUCUGUUCCAGUCGCUUCUGGGGUCCAUCGUAGACGCCUUCCUCAUUGGCUGUAUGUUUAUCAAGAUGUCCCAGCCAAAGAAGCGCGCGGAGACGCUGAUGUUCAGCCAAGAUGCCGUUAUCUCGCAGCGAGACGGAAAACUCUGCCUGAUGUUCAGAGUGGGCAACCUGAGAAACAGCCACAUGGUGUCCGCACAGAUCAGAUGCAAACUCAUAAAGUCUCGACAGACUCCGGAGGGGGAGUUCCUGCCACUGGACCAGUGUGAGCUGGAUGUGGGGUUUGGGACGGGGGCGGACCAGCUCUUCCUGGUUUCCCCCCUCACCAUCUGCCACGAGAUCAAUCCCAAGAGCCCUUUCUUCGACCUGUCACAGCGCUCGCUCAUGAGCGAGCAGUUCGAGGUGGUGGUAAUCCUGGAGGGCAUUGUGGAGACCACAGGAAUGACGUGCCAGGCUCGGACGUCCUACACGGAGGACGAGGUCCUGUGGGGCCACCGCUUCCUGCCCGUCAUGUCCCUGGAGGAGGGCUUCUUCCGGGUGGACUACUCCCAGUUCCACAGCACCUUCGAGGUGCCCACCCCGCCGCUGAGCGUGAAGGAGCAGGAGGAGAAGGUCUCGCCGGCCUCGCCCGCCGGCACCCCCACACUGUGCUGCGGGCGCGAGCGCCUCUUCUCGGCGGACUGCGCGGACGACGACCGCCCGGGGCGGGCGCUCCCCAGCAAGCUGCAGCGCAUGAGCUCGUCGGGGAAGGAGGAGCUCCAGCGCAAGGCCCUGAAGAUCAGCUCGCAGCCCACCGAGCGGGCCUCCAGCACGGGGGACCUGCCUCUGCGGCUGCAGCGCAUCGGCUCCGUGCCCGGCCAGGGCGAGCAGGACGGCCGGGCCGAGCGGCAGCCCCUGAAGGUGGGCUCCGAGCCCAUGAUUCAGUCCACCGGGGAGCUCCAGCACCUGGGCCUCUGCUCCAUCCUCGCCCACAGCCCCGCGCCCAUCCCCGCGCCCCCCGCCGGGGGCCGGCUGGAGGGAAGCCUGCCGGCCAAACUGCGCAGGAUGAACGCGGACCGCUGACGGCGCCGGGGCGGCAGGAACCGAACGGACUUUUUACAGACAGAGGAAAAUAAAAGGAGAAGGAAGACCUGAAUGGAAAUGUAAUGGCGGUUAAGAGCGGAGGACGAGGAAUGUGUUGAACUGGGACUACUGUGAUCUGUGUUGUUUUCUUCACCUUUAACCGCACUUCACCCAGCGCUGCACUGGGAAACUACAUUUCCCACAAUGCUGCCCCUGUGAUGACACCACCCACCAUCCCCCACCUCCGCACUGUGUGCAUGCAUUCAGCGCAAUCCACUCUCAUCAAAUUCUCAUCUCAUUAAAUAAUUGGACUAUAUUUUAACAUAAUAAACAGCACAUUGAUAAAUUCACACAGCUUUAUUUCUGACUUGUUUCUGGGUAAAUCACUUUCUGUCCUUUGCUUUUACUGAGGAUGCAGCAUUUGUAAGAACACGCACACCCAUUUCCUCUGACGCGCAAGGUCCUCUGGGUGUGUGUCGCUCUAAACUGAUUGGACACGGUAGUGUGCACUUCAACUGGAGCCCCGCCUACUUCCUGUGUCCCAUACUUUCCCCCCUCACAACAUUAGUAGAGUUAAUAGCCAUCAUCAGUGACUUUCUGACACUGGCUACAACUUUCCCGUACGGCGUUUGCUUGCACGCAAAACAGUGAGUUUGCUUGCCAUUUUAGUUAUUUUGUUUUGUUUGGAGCUCCUGCUUCUGUUGUUCCCGUUCUGUUGAGCCCACAGCACAAAUACCACAGCGAGCAAUGCCGACAGUAUGCAGGGGUUUCCGGGCAACAGCCCGAAAAAAAACAUCUAUCGAUUUUUUUCCUGGCAUGAAUCACGAAUAACAUGAGACAGAGGCUGGGCUACCAAGCAUUACCAAGAAAGAACAAAAACAGCUUUCUGACUAUGGCAUUCCACAUAGGAUAAACAUACCUGCUUCUGCUGUGCUACACCGGACUAAACAUGCUGUGUGGGGUUGCCAGAGGCCUGGAAAUAUAACACUCAGCUGGGGUCUGCUUGCUGUGGAAAAUGCUGUGGUACAACUGACCCACAGCUGAAGCUCAAGGGUCAGAGGAAACGUUGCUAUAUUCAUCCCUUCCUGAGGUCUUCAUCCGUCGCCUUCCAUUCGUCCAAAGAGCGCUCCGAGACGUUCAAGACACUCCGGCGCAUCUCUCAAAUGACAAUCAAAGCUUGUUCUCUUUUUGCUGCGCAUACAUUAUUUCAAACUGUAUCUCAGCUGAAUAAUACACGUUCAGACAUUAUAAAUAUACAUUUGUUUGUGGUGGUGGGUGUUGAAUAUGAACUCAAAGUAAAAAAAUAUUUUACCUAAUGAUUUGCUCACAUCAGGAAAAUAAAUAAAAACAAAGGCAAUUUUGAAAAAGG